CGACAGCCGAGGUAUAAAUUUGUCAGCAGUUCUAGUGGGGCAUUCAACCCUCGCUGGUAAUGGGAUGUAGACCUAGUGCUGGCCCAUUUCACUGACGUCACAGAGCACUGAGGUCCAGCCAUGAUUAGAAGUUGUUUGAUGUUGUCUGGGGUCCUGUUGGUGGCCGAGAUCGUGGAUGGUGGUCAGCACCACAGCCAUCUCUCAGACUUCUGGAACCUCAGAACAGAUUUGUUUAAGGACAAGGGUCCGCAAACAGGGGCCCACAGACAGGGGUCCACUGACAAGGGUGCUCAGACCGUUCACCAGUGGUCUAGCUUAGAGUUCGAGUGGCCGUGCGACUGGGUGCGGGGCUACUACACGGAGAAGGGCUGGUUCAACCCCGCUGCCAACGUCUUGUCGGGAGUGGACGUGUACAAGAGCGACGUCUACGUCACAGUCCUGCGUACGUCACAAGGCGUGCCUUCUGGCCUCAACAAGGUCGUGGUCAAGCAGGGCAGGUCACUCUUGCAGCCGUUCCCCAGCUUACAAUACAACGAAGCCGGUAACUGCUCCAACCUACAGUUCCCAAUUAAAUCCGCCACUGACCCCAACACGGGCCUAAUGUACGUCAUUGACGUUGGAAGAACCAGCAUCGUGCCUCAGCCAACUGACGUCAUCUGUCCGCCUAAACUGGUCAUCCUUGACCUCAAAAAGAAAGGCGCGUUGGUCAGAAGUUACAUUUUCCCCGCGUCUGUCGUGCCCGCGGCGACCAACAUGUUGAACGAGCUAGCGCUGGACUACGUGUCAAAGUCCGCCCCCGAUGUCCGGUACGUCUACAUCUCGGACAUGCUGAACGAGCAGAUCAUCGUGCUGGACCUGGCGCAGAACGCCAGCUGGGCCUUCAAGCACGCCUCCAUGAAGCCGGACACCGACACGACGAUCAGGAUCAACGGCAUCAACUACCAGGCGGGAUUCGGCAUCAACGGCAUCGCCCUAGACCCCAGCUACCGGUUCCUGUACUACAGCCCUGUCGGCAGCAAAAAGCUGCACCAGAUACCGACGUCUGUACUGAGAGAACCCAGCGGGGACUUCACUGGACGCUACAGACUGGCUGGCACCAAGGCCUCCAACUCGGACGGACUUGUCUUUGGUCAGAAGGCAUUGUACUACGGUGCUUUGUCCCUCAACGCUGUGUACAUGUGGAACUUGACGCAGGACCUACAAAAGGUUUCGGAGGACAUGGUUACCAUAGCAACGGAGACAUUGGUCGCUAAGGAUGACGUCAGGUUUAUAUGGGUGGAGUCACUGACCCUUGACCCCAGCGGCCAUCUUUGGUUCACCACGUCACGGAUGAAUGAGUUCCUGGCUGGGACACUGGACGUGUCUGGGGCUAAGGGAAGUAACUUCAGGAUCAACCGGGUCUACGUGGGGGAUAAGCCGUACCUGUGGAAGGGUUAAUCCUAAUCUGUUCAAUGUUAAUCCUAAUCUGUUCAAUGUUAAUCCUAAUCUGUUCAAUGUUAAUCUGUUUUAUUCUCUUUGGGCUUAAAUAUUCAAAUGAGUUUCUAAAAGUUGAGUGCCGUUGUUUUUCUUCGCUCUACUGAAAACGUAUGAGCUAAAAGUGUUUGAAAUGUUCAGAAUCCCAGGGUAAAGAUGUAGGAUACAUAAAGAAAGCAAUGUUUCAUGUUUUAUACAAACUGGAAAUAAAUUUUUAAAAUUUA